CAUAAGGUUUCAGCAUUCGUGCCGGAGCACGCUUACGUCAUUAUGGUGCGACGGUUUUGGGAUAAACAGGAAGAGCGGCGCUCUCUGAACACAAUGGAGUCCAUCGCUCUGUUUUCUUUGUGGAUAAUUUUGUUUUGUUUGGUCCACGGUGGUCCACAGCCCUCUCACAGCCUGUUGUUAAACAGAUUUGUCGCCUUAGUGGCGCGAAAAUUUUCACGUAAUCGUGCUGCUCGUAUGAGGAGGUUUGCAAGGUACCAGCUGAAGUGCAGCAAGGACUUUGCAGCUUUGAUUACGGACUACAGUUCCCGUACAUCGACAAGGACCAUAUGGAUUCGGCAGAGAUCUGGUGUGUGGUGGCAGCAUGUUCUCAGCAGCUGGACAGACUGUGAGUGGAAGGCUAAUUUCAAAAUGAGAAGGACAUCAUUCUUGCAGUUGUGCAACAGCCUGCAGCCGCACCUUCAAAGACAGACCACUUCAUUCAGAAAACCAGUUGCCGUGGACCAACGAGUUGCAAUAUGCAUAUGGAGACUGGCCACAAAUGUAGAGUUCAGAACCAUCUCCCAUUUAUUUGGGAUUGGUCAGUCAACUGCUGUUAGCAUUACCAACCAUGUAGCCUCUGCAAUUGUGAAAAAUUUGCUUUCCCUUUUCAUCAGAACACCAUCUGAACAGGAAUUUGAAAGCAUAAUUCAGGGAUUCAGAGACAGGUGGGGCUUCCCACAAUGUGGAGGAGCUAUUGAUGGCACUCACAUUGGGAUUUUGGCUCCACCUGUUAGCUCUGCAGACUACUACAACCGGAAAGGCUUCUACUCUGUUAUUCUGCAAGGUGUGGUUGACAACCGACUUAUGUUCUGGGACAUUAUUGUGGGAUGGCCGGGCAAGGUUCAUGAUGCAAGAGUUUUUGCCCAUUCAUCCUUGUUUGAGUGA